AACAACAAACCUGUUUGUCUGUCAACAUGCAGUGUGGGAUCUUUUUCUUUUUGAGCUCGACUUUCAUUACACGCAGUCUGUUCACUGUCAAAACACUAAAUCAGCAGUCUUCAAUUAGCCACGGGCAAAUCUGAAGCUAACAUGCAACCAGCCUGUCCUUUCCUAUUAUAUUUACAUUGUCCCUUUCAUAAAGCCUUUCACCACACUGUAAUAGACAGAGCAAACUUCGCAGCUGCUGCUUAAAUCCUAUUGCUCAAACCUGGUUUGUCUCCAUUCACCUGAAAUCAGGGUCUACAGUAGCUAUCCAUGUAGGAAGUCAAAUACAUGGCUCAUAUCAGAUUACAUGUCCACUGGCGUAAUACUGGACUUAAUAGGGAUUGAACUAAGGGUCAGUACACACAUGCUUGCCAAAAAUUGCUAAGCAAUUUCUGAUGCGCUUUCAGUAUUUUCAUGGCAUGACAUGUUUACAUAAUGUCAGGAUUUAUUUGAUCUAUAGAGGUAUUGUGCGUCAACGUGAUCUUCUGUAUGAUCGGUCACAUAUAGUGACAGCGAAGUGUUUAAUUAAUUAUACUUGAGAACAGUGCCUCUAAAAGUCAUUUGAACAAACAACAUUUUAAGGUCAAUAUUACUUGACUGCAGUAUAGUUAAAACACCCAUGACUGAUUUCCAGGGCAUUCGAGAGGGUUCUCUCUUGUCCCAUCUAUUUCAGAUUGCUCUGUCUUAAUCCGAUUAGCAGACACUCAGCUGCAGUGCUUGCUAAGAGGUUUACAAGGGUCUCCUGUCAGCUUUCCUCUUGCUCGAUUCUUUUCAGACACCCUGACCUGUGUUACAAACCUAGCUAUUCUAUUCUUUUGUGCUGAAAUUUGAUCACAGAUGUCAUUCAGAUCCUGAGCAGAAAAGUCUCAGUUAUAAUCCUGACCUUGAAGUGUCAUUUGUAUGGAUUAUUUUUGAAAAGACCAGCUAUAAGAAAAUGGCAGCGAAUCAACUAGAGGAUGUGAUUCAAAGAUGGAGAACAACUGAAGACUUUAAACCAGAGGACCAUAAGCUCUUUCUGAAUGCUGGACAUACAUGCAUUGCCCAAGGUGACUGCACUCAGCUCCUGGACUUCAUUAAAGAUGAGGCCAAUCAGCACAUAGUGAGGUCUAUGGGCAGUGGUCUACUUCCUGCACUGGUGAAUGAAGUGCGGAGAAAGGACCAGAGUUCUGCCAACUUUCAGGCUAUCCUCAAUCAUCUUGUACAGAUCUGCAGUGUGAAAGAACUCCUCGAUAUUUUACUUCAGCAAGUGGAGGACACAGAUCCAAAUGCCAUUGCAGACUCCAUCAUUGCUCUUAUGCCUCUUAUUCAGUCAGUGCUGUUGAGAAUGGGUGAGUCGAAGGCCCAUGGAUUGGCUUUGGCUCUUGAUUCACUGCAGAAACAGAUUUCAAAGCUGCCUGUACCUUACUCACACAAACAGGAAGAGGAAGAUGUGUACGGGCUCUGUCGAAGCUGCACUGCAGUACUGACCUUUGUACAACCCUUUGUGCAGGAAGUCAAGAAUCAAGAGACAAACUCAGUGGCCACCAAACUAAGAGCUACUCUUCUAAAGUUUUGCAUGGAGAGUCUAAGGGAACCUCUCCUCCAUGUUGAGCUGGACAGAGAGGCGAACAUGACAGAAACGUCACCCUUGUGGAAUUUUGCCACAGAAAUAAUGGCAAUUCUAGCAGUUAUACAAGAAUCUCUGCCAAAAAUCCUGUUCUAUCAUCCUUUGAAAGGAAAAGAAGACACCAUUUCGGAGAAAGAUGCUUGUCAUCUAAAUGAAUCAAGAGCUUGCAUGGCUUACUUGCUUUUUGUCCAGCUUAUUGCCAUAGAAGUGUUUCCUACAGUUUUUUGCCCUGUUUUCGUCCUGCAGUGCAAUAUGGAAUACAUCAAUCUUCUUUUAAAUAGAAAGGAUGAAUCAUGGAUACUGAAAGGACUGGACUUACACGUUAAAAGUUUGGAAAGAGUAACAGACUGCAGUCUUCCAGUGGAGCUCUUAGAUCUGAAACCAUUUCAUGAGGUUCCAAAGAACUUAAUUACAAUUAUGAUUGACUGUCCUAUCCAGCAUUUGAGAGGAAAAAGUCUUGUGGUGUUCCAGCUUUUUAUAGAGAAGCUUAAUGGUGAAGCGAAGCACACAUUUUUCAGACGCAUCAUGAAGACGAGCCGUCAUGCAGGUGUAGAAAGUAUCAUCAUCAAAAACAUAAAGACUCAAGUGGAACGGUACAGAAAGUCAGCCUACGAAGACAGUUGGUUUGAGGGGACUCUGCUCAUCUCACUGCUCAGAGACACUAUUAUUCUCCCACAGGGCCAUGAAACUGACUUGCUACAUGGGAUGGACAGGGUAAUGGAGUCUCUGAAUCUUCUGCGGUAUUUAUUGAUCCAGGAAAGAAACGAUUCUACUGGGAUAUGGAUAGACCUGUGCCACAUUGCAAACAGUUACACAAAAUUAUUACGCCUAUGUCUAAGCAUGUCAAAAUCCUACUAUGGGACAGAGUUAAGAAGACUUAGAGAGGACAAAAAGAUCAAGGCUAAAGAAUUUAAGGAGGCCUCUGGGAAGAUAUCAAUUCAGAGCUUGACUGUGAAAACGGAGAUGUUUGGCAACAUGCCGUGUGAGGCAAAGGAUAAGGUCUUGCAGUGUGCCCUGGUCACAUAUGACUUAAUGGAAAGCCUUGUGGUCCGUAUAGAGGAAAUCAUCGAGGACAGUCAAAACUGAAAUGGGGA